CGUUCAGCGUAAAAAUUUUCUCUGCGUUGUGUUGAAUUUCCAGCUUAAACUGUUGUUUUCGUGAUUUAUAAGCUGCCGAAAAGUGAAUUUUUGCAAGUGAGGCAGUAAAAAUUACGCCGCUGGUUCGUUUUAGAAUUCGCCCGAAACGCUCGUAAACAAAUUCUGACGUUUCGUGUUUUCUCCGGUUUGUUUUGAAUGGUGGGCGCGCAACGCGCAUUUCCCAUUUUCCAUUUCCAAUCAAUUUUCCACCACCUUCUUCCGCGGAGAUGGAAGCCGGGCAUGAAAUCGUGAAGCGGGAGUCAGAAAAUACCGAUAACGAUGUGCCUGCUGUUCAACGCUUCGAUGCGCCGGCAAGCAGCAGCAAGCAACAUCAGAAUAAGAGAGCAGCCAACAAUGCUUUGAUACUGGUGAUGGAACCUCAGAAUCCUUCCCCCACGAAGUACUUUGAUGCUAGCGGUACAGCCCUACGACAGGCGGUGGUAGAGGGGGAACUGAUGCCGGAGGAACUGUGCAGCCGGAAGUCAACCGGAACUGAACUUGCGAAGAAAAAGUCGCACACAAUCACGAUCAACUGCUGCAAUUGUGAGAAAAUAUUUGUAUCUCGAUCCGCUUACGAAGCGCACUAUCGAGCGAGCUAUCAACAAGAACCUGUCUACUGUUGUACGGUUUGUGGUAAGCGCAUGGGGCAAUACCGGGCCUACCAGCUGCACAGUUACCGGCACAUUAACAGUGCCAACCAGCGCUACUCCUGCCAGGAGUGUUUUAAAACGUUUCAUCAAAAGUCCGACUUGGUCCGACAUCAGAACAGACAUAUCGCCACGGGUCUCGCAGCAGAAGAGCGAGAUGCUGAGCGGAAAUUGCAGCCAAUAUCCUGCCCAAAGUGUGAGGCAUCGUUCCAAACACAGAACGAACUGAAGGAACACACGCGCAAAGCACACCCCGUCCCGAAACCGCUAGUAGAGUGUCCAGAUUGUGGAAAGUACCUCUCGGCUGGUAGCAUCUACUCGCACCGCAAGAUACAUUCGGAUACGCCGGCGUUUGCGUGCGGUGAAUGUGGCAGAACGUUUGUGCAGAAGAUAAAUCUGGUGCAGCACCGCAAAACCCACAUCGGUUUGCGCCCGUACCAGUGCGAGCAGUGUAAGAAAUCGUUUUGCGAAAAGGCACACCUGCAGCGCCACCUCAAUCAUCACUCGGAGGAACGACCCUACCGGUGUGAGCUCUGUGGCAAGUGCUACAAAACGGAACGCUGCCUAAAGGUACAUUCGGCCGUACACACCACGGAACGGCCAUUUGUGUGUGGCGAAUGUAACAAAGGGUUUCUGAGCAGCUCAAAGCUUCGCCAGCACAGUAACAUUCAUUCGGGAUUGAGACCGUACAAGUGCAAUUACUGUACGCGCGAUUUUACUAACUUCCCCAACUGGUUGAAGCAUAUCCGGCGUCGUCAUAAGGUAGAUCAUCGCACUGGAGAGAAGCUCGACAGUGUACCGAAGUUUAUGACGAAGAAAAAGAGCCCGGAAAUCGAAACGGAGCGGAAGGGAGAUGUCACCAAACCCGCUACGCCACAGAAAACACGAAAACGAUGCACCCCGAAGACCCCGGCACCGCCACCUCCGCUAGCGGAUGUGCUGAAGGAGGAGUCCUUGCCGUACGUCAGCGAAAGCUCCAACAUUGAUCUCAAUCUAGUUUGUAAGGACGAUCUGAUACAACCACUCGCCGGAGAAUUCGAAGACAUUUUCCAAUGUAUGCCUUCGGACGAAACGAAGCUUAGCAUAAUCGAUCCAAAUGGUUGGCAACUGCUUAGUGACAACGAUGCUGACCUUUUCCAGUGUGAUCUGCCGCAACCGCACGCGUUGGAUUGUGCUUUUGAUGCGCCACCCAAAGUGGUUCAUCUACCGUCCAAUGAUCUCAUCGACAGUGAUUUCUCAGGCAACGCCACAUUAUGUUCUACGAUGGCGUCUGAAAUGAUUUCCGCCGGCCCAUCAUUGUACGACGCUCAAUCGCCAAUGUUUCCUACAUUGAUCUCGAUUUGCGGAGACGAGCCGCAGUUCCGUUUGAUUAACCCACGUUCUAUACAUAGCAGAGGGGUCGCAGGAAGCUCCACGAUGGCCACCGACAGCUAUGCUACAGUUUCGCUAUCUAUCACUGACCGCAUUGAACUGAUGAAGUAGCAAUAUCAGUGGAAACCCGUACUACUGUGGCUUGUGAUAUAACGUCGACGACGAUGGCGAUAAGAAAAAGAGGGAAGGCCUAGCGAGCAUAGACAGAAUAUUUUUCAGAGUACUUUUAAGCAUUUUUACAAUUAAAAUUUUCGAUAUUUUAAUAUCUUGGGAUCAAUAAACCAAACCAGCUUUU